AUGUUGGACAGCAGAGGCCUCCUUUGCAGCGUUCUCUGUGGAGCGCAGAGCCGACUUGGACCGCCGUGGCAGCUUCGACCACAGCGCCAGCGCUGCGUGGCUCGGGGCAGGGUCGAAAACCGUACAUCCAUGCAUCGAAGCAGCGCUUUGCAAGCCGACGUGCUCAUGGCUUGGCUGGCCACGCAUGAAGCGAUUUGGGUAUGUCUCAACACGAGGGGCCCCAACGUAGUUGGUUUCCUUUCAGUUUGCCUUUCGCAACCAAAGAUAUUUGGCGGCCAUGUGAAAAAAUCAUCCACUAAUCCCUGUCUAGUGCAAGGCGGGCGCUGUGCUGGGUUUACAGAGAACUGGACACAGGACUGGGGUCAACAUGGCUGGUGGGACAUCCUGCCAUUCCUUCUUGUAUAUUUCGAAGAGCGUCGUGUCGAGAGAGCAAAAAGUCAGGGCUUUGCAAGGCACUUGCUCACAGAAGACUUGUUCUUCGGAACCUGUUCAGGGGUCAAUUGA